UAUUCGGGUUCAGCAAAAUCAACAGGGUCGCCGGCAUUAUGAUUCACUAAUAACUAACUCUUAACUCUUUCACACAGAUUAUGUCGUUUACCGAUAUACUCUCCUCAAAACGACAUCACAAACUCAUUCUUCUUCUUCUUAGGUUGAACUGAAGAUGGUGAUGUUGACCAUAAUUCUUACCAUAUAAAACCUAGAUAUAGAGACUGUCGAUGUGGGAUUUCCUAAUCUAAAUUUUGAUGACCAAGCUGUUCAUUUCAGAGAUUCUGGCUCCAUUUACAUCGGGUUUUCUAACGGGGUUUCUUUUGGGUUAGAUGGUGUGGUCCACUGACCAGUUUAGAGUUCUUCGUUCUCGGUCAUGGCUCGUCGUCAUGGAUGGGAACUCCCUGCUCACACUUUCCAGGUUGUGGCUAUAACAGUUUUCUUCUUGCUAUCUGUGGCAUAUUAUGCCUUCUUUGCUCCAUUCCUUGGAAAUUAUAUUUACCAAUAUGCAGCUAUUGGUGUUUAUUCUUUCUUGGCAUUGGCUGUGUUCAUCCUUUAUGUUAGAUGUACAGCCAUUGAUCCUGCCGAUACUGGUAUUCUGGUCGAACCCGACAAGAUGUCUGCAUAUAAAUCUCACAAUGAUUUGGAUACGCCUGGGAAUGCUUCCUCAGUUGAAGACCCCAGCAAAAUGGAACUAAAUAAUGGAGGAAAAUAUAGCAGGCAUAGUUCAGCAUGUUGUGCACGACUUGGAGGUUUUAUUUGUUGUUGUAUUGUGCUAGAAGACUGCCGAAAAGAUGAUGUUCCACAACAAUCUGGAGAGGAUGCAUUGUUCUGCACAUUAUGCAAUGCUGAGGUACGCAAAUUCAGCAAACACUGUAGAAGUUGUGAUAAAUGUGUUGAUGGGUUUGAUCAUCAUUGUCGAUGGUUAAAUAAUUGUGUAGGGAGGAAGAACUAUAUUACAUUUGUAUGCCUCAUGGCAGCAAGCCUUGCUUGGCUUAUUGUCGAAUGUGGGGUUGGCAUUGCUGUUUUUGUUCGUUGCUUUGUUGAUAGAAAGGGUAUGAAUCAUCAGAUAGCUGAAAAACUUGGAGUUGGAUUCUCACAGAUCCCCUUUGCUAUUGUGGUGGGCUUGUGUACUAUUAUAUCAUUUCUGGCUAUUGUUCCUCUGGGAGAAUUGUUCUUUUUCCACAUAAUUUUGAUUCGAAAGGGCAUCACGACAUAUGAAUAUGUUGUUGCCAUGAGAGCACAGAGCGAACCACGUGGACCAUCUGUAGAUGGGGACGAUCAUCAAAGUCUUCCUUCAUCACCUACUAGUUCAGCUGUGACUGCAAUUAGUGGGAGAAGCUCUCUUGGUAUGAGUUUGCAAUAUAAGGGUGCUUGGUGUACCCCUCCCAGAAUAUUUAUGGACCAUCAGGAUGAAAUAAUACCACAUUUGGAACCAGGGCGUUUGCCCUCCACAGUGGACCCAGAUGCAUUACCACAGCCAGACAAGGGGAAAAGGAUCCCACAGCGUGUACCACGUAUUAGUGCAUGGAAGCUUGCAAAACUGGACUCUAACGAGGCAAUUAAAGCUGCUGAGAAAGCUAGAGCAUCAUCAUCUGUGCUUCGACCAGUCAGCUCUCAGCUCCAUCCAUAUCAUGCUGAUUAUUUAUCCAAUAGCAGCUUCAGUGGAAGGAGCAGUCCUGUCAGUACUGAUCAUGGUUUCAACAGAAAUGCCAAAGCUGGGACUUCCAAGCUAUCCCCUACUAGGAGUCCAUAUCCUCCAAGUCGUGCUAGUCGGGAAGAUAGUGAAACAUGUCAUCAUAGUGUCAGUAGUUUAAGCAGCCCUCAGGUUUCUAACUUCGCCCCUGUUCCCUUGCAAGUUGAGAAGUUUCCAAAUAGAGAUCACCAACACAACCCCAUUUAUCGUUCAUUGACGGAUCAAUCCCUGCUGCAUCUAGAAAAAGAAGAAAGCAAACCGAAUGAAGCUCCUUCGCAAAUACCUGCAAAAAAGAACAACUCCAGUGCUGCAGGAAAUGUGCGAUCCUCGUCGUCAUCGUCAUCGGUUGUUUGGGAUCAAGAGGCAGGACGUUUUGUCUCCUCUUCCAGGGAAGCAGGUUCUACUCAAGUGUCUGGGGCAGAAAUACUUUACACAGGACAAUCCAUAUUCUUUGGUGGACCCAUUGUGAAUGAACAACAACAACAACAAACCAACAGAGGAACAAGAAGUAGCAGCAGCAAUGCGGUGGAUAGAGGCAGCUCUAAUUAUCAAUGGGGAAGAUCACAGGGCGGUGGCCAGCUUCCGGUGUUCGUCCCAAGUGAUUAUCAACAGAACCAGUUCCCAUCUAGAUUGCCUUGAUUACUAAAACAACUGAUCUCUCUUUUUCUUUUUUUCUUUCCUUUUUUUCACGUAGAUAUUAGUAUUGAGAGUUAGCAAGAGUUAAUCGUUCUCUAACUUGUAGUGAUGGUCUUUUCGAACUGUUGGGUUGUAAAUACUAUUUUAGCUGACUUUAUAAGGAUUCCAUUCAAUUUUCUGGGAACUGUUGGGUUUGUUAAUCUUAAAUCAAUUAUUAAUUCAAAUUAUCAAAUACCAUUUUAAUUACAAAA